AUGUAUACAGUUACAAAUGGUCCCUGUACCCGACUAAAUUCAACAAAUGCCGUUCUAAAGGCAUUUCUUUUAGCUUACAAUAAUCAUCAAGAUUUAGUGCUUUCACCGGAUGACAUGUGGUUCAUUGUCUGUCUUCAAUAUGCAAAAUAUGUCAAUGAUCAUGCUGAACAAUUGCGUUCAUUAUUUGUUGAACACAGUGAAGGCAAAAAAGUAUUAUGUGUGAUGGAACCAGCAUUUUUAUCUGAUGAAAAUGACUGCACUCUUGAUGAUUGGAAACAAUUGCGAAUAAAAACAGGCAAAUUGAAAACAUAUUGUAUUGGUGACAAUGGUAAAGAUGAUUUUGGUGCUUAUAUAGAUGGAAUUUUGCCGAUAUUUGAUCAAUUCAUUGAAACGUAA